UAUCUGAUAUGCGCAUGCGCAUGAUUUCUGUGCGCGAAAAUUUGAUUGAAACUCUGAGAAGGCCGGUAGAUUCAUCCAUCUAAGAUACGAUAUUAUGACAAAUUUUUCAAAGUCAAUUGUGCAAUAUCAGGCACUAGGAAGAUGUCAACGCAUAGAAACUUCAAUUUCAAACUGUCGAGGAGUGCAAAGUUCAAACCACCAGCAUCAAACCCAGCGCCCUCUGCUGCUGUAAGUCAGACAUCGCUGAAAAACUUCUUUAAACCCAACUCGAGCAACCAGAGUUCAGGAGGAGGAGGAGGAGGAGGAGGAGGAGGAAAUGUCAAACAGGACAGCAACAGUAACCAUGGAAACAGCAUCAGCAAUAAGGCAUCUGCUCCAGGUAUAUUCAGAGACCAGACGAAUCUGAUGACUUCAACCAGUAACGUGAUGAACAACAAUUCCCUUAAAUCGUCACCCAGUCAUGGAAGAAAGCCUGUGGCAUCCGUCCAACCCUUCACACCAAAUGCCAAGAGAAAAAUGUCUCCUCCCGCAAACUUCUUUAACUUGGCUGAUUUGUCUGACGAUGAGGACUUUGAUUUCCUUGAACCAACUAUGCCUCCCAAGAAGCACUUUUCCUUUAAGAGUAAGCAGUCAAACUCAAACAGCAGCAAGUCUGUACCUCAAGACAGUCCCCCUGCCACCAAAUCUUCAAGGACAUCAAACAAGAAACCUUUUGCAGAGAAAGAUAAACCUUACCCUGCAUUAGAGAAAGAUGGCAGUGACAGUGAUGAUGAUAUUAUUGGUUCUGCCAAAAAAUCUCAGAAGAAUCGAGCUGUCAUCUUGGAUAGCGACAGUGAUGGUGAUGAGGAGUUUCUAAAAGAACAAGACAAUGCCAUCCAUAUAGACUGGUCCCAAACUCAGCCACCAGAGGAGGUGUAUACAUAUGCAGAUGAAAGUGGGAGAGAGGACAUCAUUGAUGAUCGUGAUGAGACGUGUAUUGAUAACGAACCAGCUCCAUCACCAGGACCUGUAGCAGAGACCCAGUAUGACUUCAUUGAUGUACCGUCCCCGUCUCCUCCUCCCUCGCCAACGGACUUCAAUAUCGACAUCCAGUGGGAUUCUUUUACCUCUCAUCCUCCUCCUGAUGGGGCUGAGGAUGAUGAGGAUGCCUUCCCUCAUCCGGACUCUCCAUCCCCGCCCUCGUCUCCAGUCUUCAAACAGACCCAACACACUCCUCCGGCUAGGCAUAAGAUUAAGAGGAGGCUCUCGGAGGAGGAGGACGUCAUAGCGAUACCUUCAUCCCAGGAAGUGAAGCUUGAAGAGAAGCCAGAAGAUAAAGGACAGGCCCAAAUACCUGCUGAAGUAGAAGUUGAUGAUAUAUCAUCACUGACAAUGCAUCCAGCUCUCAAGCCACUCACUGCUCAGAUGAAUGCAGAUGAGUUACAAGAGAGACUCCAGUCCUUAGAUACCCUGCUCUAUGACGUAAUGGACAGGAUCUGCAAUACAAUGGAUGUGUAUCUCAGGUCCCUGCAAUCAACUACCAAAGAUCUUGUUCCACCUCCACAACUAGCCACCCUCAAGCAAUUAUCAGUAUUACGGAAGCGAGUGAAGGCCAAACAGAAGCAAGUGCAAUCAAGACAAAAGCAGAAUGGAGCACUCGCGUCAAAGUCAUUACCUACACAGGCACAGCUCACCAAUGGACCAUCAGGCCUAUCCGCUGCCAGCUCAACUAUGAGCAGCACUGGACGAAGUGCCAGUGACUUUCAUGAUCCUUCCUUCGAUUAUGAUCCACCAACCGUGGAAUAUGGCAAUAGAAAUGGUUAUGAUUCCCAUGAGAGAAACUUUGAAUCAAGGUAUCAACAAGCAAGCGAUGAGGGGAGGAGUUCUGGAGCUGCUAGCUCAUUCCAGUUCAAAACCCCAUCCUCAACUGUCACACCAAGGAGCGUAUCAAGUAAGAGGACAUCACUGGAUCAAUCAAACUUCUCUGGAACUGGAACUGCCUCUGGGACUAGUUUCCCAGGUUUCAUGAGCUCCUCCUCCUCUGGCUACUCCUCUCCUGGAGCCAACCAACCAGGAGGGGGGACAGGGAGUGUCUCCUCCCCCUUGCCUCUCGGUGGAGACAGCUUCUUCGGCGUUGACGAUACAGACACUCCAGGCUCCAGUGGCUACCAGAGCCGGACUUCCUCCAGCUUCCAGACUCCAAGCACUUUUGGAGCAGGUCGGUUCGAUACGCCACAGAGUAUACCUGACAUCAGGGGUAGGUCCAGCUUCGAUCAGGAGAGGUCUGUUGAUGAUGGCUCCAGUAGACCGGGGAUGAUGGGUUCUGGAACAAAACGACAAACAGCAACCCAAGCUCUCUCGCAAACGGCUAUUCCAUCAUCAAACAUGAGUGAAGAUAUGAGUGAGAUGCCACCAGAAGUGGUCUCUGACAACCCCUUCAGCGGCUACAACUUCCCCCACUCCAGAGAGCUGCACAAGGUCUUCAGGAAGACGUUUGGACUUCAUCAGUUCAGGGAGAACCAGCUAGAAGCCAUCAAUGCAGCCUUGCUAGGGGAAGACUGCUUCAUCCUAAUGCCAACAGGUGGAGGUAAAAGCUUGACCUAUCAGCUGCCCGGAGUACUGACCAAGGGUGUGACCAUCGUGAUUUCCCCCCUCAAGUCUCUCAUCCAAGACCAGGUCCAGCGGUUGGUCUCUCUGGAGAUCCCUGCAACCCAUCUAUCGGGGGAGAUGGCGGGUGCUGCUGCCGAUGGGAUCUACAGACAGCUCUGCAUGAGAGACCCUGUGGUCAAGAUGCUGUAUGUCACUCCAGAAAAGAUCAGUGCCAGUCAGAAGCUACUAUCAACCAUGGAGCAUCUCUAUACCAGAGGGUUACUCUCCAGGUUUGUCAUUGAUGAAGCACAUUGUGUCAGUCAGUGGGGUCAUGACUUCCGUCCAGAUUACAAACGUUUGUGCAAGCUGCGUGAGAAGUUCCCUGGAGUGCCCAUGAUGGCCCUGACAGCCACUGCUACUCCUAGAGUCAAGACGGACAUUCUGCACGCACUCAAGAUGAAGAAGCCCCAGGUAUUAACAAGCAGCUUUGAUCGUAGUAACCUGAUGUUCAGGGUGGAGAAGAAGCAGCCCAGUAAGAUGAUAGAGAAUAUCACCAAACUCAUUAACUCACAAUUCAAAGGGAAAUCAGGAAUCGUCUAUUGUCUUUCCAGGAAUGAAUGUGAGAAGGUUGCUGAUGAUUUGAGCAAUGCUGGAAUCAAAGCAUCUCCGUACCAUGCUGGACAGAGUGAUAAGGAACGGUCAACCGUUCAGACCCGAUGGAUCAAUGGCCAAUAUAAGGUUGUCUGUGCAACCAUAGCGUUCGGUAUGGGAAUCGACAAGGCGGACGUCAGAUUUGUGAUCCACUACUCCAUGCCCAAGUCCAUCGAGGGUUACUACCAAGAGGCCGGCAGGGCUGGCCGGGACGGAGGGUUAGCGCACUGCGUACUCUACUUCUCCUAUCAGGAUGUGACUCGUCUUCGACGUAUGAUAGAGAAGAAUGGUGAUAACUACAAUGCCACCAAAGUCCACGUAGACAAUCUCUAUGGCAUGGUGCAGUACUGCGAUAACAAGGCGGACUGUCGUAGGGUCAUCAUGCUCUCCUACUUUGGUGAGACGGGAUACGACCGAGCGAUAUGCAGACGCCGUAGAGAGACUGCCUGUGAUAAUUGCCAAUCAGAUGCAUUAUUUGUGGAUGUAGAUGUGACUGAGGAGGCCAAGUCGCUGGUUCGGUUUGUGGGUGACGUGAGCGGGCCUUCUAACAACAGGCAGAGGUACAAAGGACCACGCCGCGGCAAUAAUCAGUUCACUGCCAAUCACUAUGCGGAUGUACUUAUGGGUGGCAACUCAGCCAAGGUCAACCAGAACGGUCACAACAGCAGUCCAGCCUAUGGUAUCCUCAAGAAGAAAGACUUCCAACGAGGGGACAGCGAGAGGAUGAUACGGAAGCUCAUCAUCGCGGGUUACCUUCGAGAAGAGAUGUUUGUAGGAGCCCAUGAGCAGGCUAUCUGUUAUAUCAAGUCGGGCCAGAAAGCCUUUGAUCUGCUCAACGGAAGAUGUAAGGUCAACCUACGGAUGCAGGAGAGUCGUGCCUCACGUGCCAUGUCUGGUAAAGCACCCGUUGUAUCAUCGGUAGCUGCUGCUGCCAAGAGGGACGACAUCCAUCAAAGACUGCUGGAUGAUCUACGAGCCACUUGCAGGACUCUGGCUGCUGAGAACAACAUGAACACUGCCAAUAUCUUCAAUGAUGCAACAUUGCGGGAGAUGACAGAGAAUACUCCAUUCACCAUGGAGGAGUUACUCGAUAUCACUGGAGUGACCGAACCCAAGGCCAAGAGAUGGGGCCAAUCCUUCUUACAAGUCAUGUUCAAGUACCUGCCUGAGCUUAUACCUGAUGAUGAUAUGCUGGAGGAAGAAGCCUUUUCAGGUACAUCUGUCCCGGAAACAUCCCCUUACUUUAACAAUGGAGGAGGAGGAGGAGGCCAGUCCGCUUCCAAGACCAAGAAGGACCGGAGUCGUGCCAACCGGAAGCCCAGAGCUCCCAAACGCAAGGCCAACGCCCAGAGCGCCACCAAGGCCAAGCGUGCCCGGGCUGCCUCCACAGCUGCUGCGUCCGGUGGUCAGGGAGGGGGCUACUCAGGAGGGGUAAGCCCCGGGUGGCUGACGACUGCCACCGGUGGGGGAGGAGGGGGCAGCGGGAUGAGUAAUAAACCAGCGCUGUCAAAGUUCAAGUUUGCUGGAGGGAAAGGGAGAGGAAGAGGAGGUGGAGUAGGGAGUGGUGGUGGUGGUGGUAGGGUUGGUGGGGUUGGUGCUGCUGCUGGUGGUGCUCUAGGCUUCAUGCCAGACCCUAAGAUGAAGAAAACAAGGAGUUUCCUUGGUCCUAAAAUUGGACAGUUUAUUGGCUAAACUCUUAAGUUUUAUUGGUGGAGGACCAGGAAGAGGAAGAGGUGGUUUUGGAAUUAGUAGUGGUAGCAGUGAUAUUGGUCUAGGCUUCAAGCCCACAACCUGAGAUGAAUAAAGCAAGAAUUGUCCUUGGUUCUGGAGUUGGAUAGUUUUUCUGUCAAAUUUUAAGCUUAUAGAGGUAUAAAGGAAGUAGAAGAGGAAAAGGAGGUUUGGGAAGUGGUGGUAGUGGUGGAAGAAGUGGGGCCAAUGUUAAUGGUGGGGUCUAGGCUUCAAGCCCAGACCCUAAGAUUAAGAAACCAAGAAGUUUCCUUGGAUCUGGAUUUCUUUUUAAACAGUCAUGUUCAGAGGUACCAUUUUAAUUGCCUGAAUUCUAGUCCUAUCACCUUAGCUUCAUGCAAUGCAAAACAAAAUGUAUGGGUCUCCAAGAUGUCCAACCCUUUUCAGGUUAAUCGAUAAGAGCAGCUGGUAUCCUGCUAUAUUAAACAAAUUCAUGUGCUUACUAUAAUUUUCUCAAUAUUCAUUCAUAUGUUUAUCUAUAAGUCGUAGGUACAUUAACAUCACAUAUUGGAAGUGUCAUUUGGUAAACGUUUAACAAGCUUUCUAUUGUAUUCAGUGACCAAAAUUUCCUGUAGGUGUAAACACGUGUGGGAGCGUCAAGAUAAUGAUCAACACGUUAUUCAAUAAUUGUUCCAGUUUUGUUCCACACCGUUUGUGUUAUUGCUGCCUACAUGUUUAUAAUGCUUUGUAAUGAAGUAAUGCAGUAUUUCCCAUGAAGCUUUGAUAUAGUAAUAUACAAAUAAAUAAAUGGACGAAGUAAUUGUGCUUCCAAAACUUACUUGGGCAUUGUCACCUUUGCCUUUUAGUACAUAAGAGUUUGAAAAUACUGCCAGAAAAAUUAAGUGAUUUCAUCAAACUGUGCUAAACUUAUGAUGAUUAAUGGAUCAGAUUUAUGGUAAAACAGUAUUACAAAAUCUUAAGAAAGGAUGACAAAAAAGCAAGGAAAAAUUUGAGAUUUUAAAGACUGUAAGUAGAUGCUCAUCAAUGUCAAAGGUACAUUCAAGUAAUCUUAUUGUGCAAGGUAACUUAGAACUAGUUAGACUGCCAUUUAUACUGUCAAAGGUCAAAAGUUGUAAGUAUAGGAUUUUUGUUCUCAUUGUGAUAUUCAAAGAAUAAUUCAAGCCAUGAUCUUAAGUGAACUUAAGUGGAGCCAUAUUGGAGACACACUCGCAUUUCAAUUUUGUCUUGUAUAUUUUAAGUUUUUAUAUUUGGGUUUCGUUUUCAUUUUCCAAUAACUGCAAAUGAUUUCUGCCCCUUUAGCCUUUAGGCAAACUGGUUCACUGCCUUCAUUUCAGCCAUAUUAAAAAAUGCUUGGGAAAACUUAGACAUUUCAAUGCACAAAGUAAGUGAAUAUGAACAUAAUACAUACUUUGAACUGCAAUUAUUUUAUAAAUACCUGUAACUAUGUAGAACUUUACUGCCUGCCAUGAUAAUUGUCACAGGGUAUUGUGAUUCCAGGGGCACUACCAUAUUUUCAAUAUUAAAAAACUUGAAUGUGUUAAUUCAUCAUCUUUUUAAAAAAUGAUAUGAAAUCUCUUUGAUUGAAAUUGAAACCCUAGAUUCAUUUAAUCAAGAUAUUUUAUUGAUAAUUAAUAAUUUAAGAGCAUAUUUGUACAACAUGUAGAAAAUAUAAAUGCAUUUGGUUUAGAAAAUAGUCGCUACUGCACUUGCUAAUCAUACAUGGAUAUUAAAAUCAUUGCAGAGCUGUAGCUUGUGAACUUCAUUUAUCAAAUAAGGAUAUGUAGUAAAAAAUUGUAAUUCUAGUUAAGCUUACUAUUUGUAUCUUUGUGUAGCACCCUAUUAAUUUUUCUAAAAAGCUAAAUUAUUAAUUUGUGACUUUGUUCAUACUUGCAAGGGUCAAACAACCAUCUUUUAUUACAUAUUUUUAGUUGAAAUUAAUGUUAAGCUUUUAAUAUGUACUGUAAUUCCAAACUGCUUUUAUGUGCAUGUGAAAAUAUUCUACGAGUUCCGUUUCUCUUGUAAUUUAAACUUCAGUUGACAAAGUCUAAGCAAUUGUAAGAAACAAUUGCUGGUAGGAACAAGCCUAAAACAGUAAAGUUGGGCUUGUAGCCCAAAAGCACUACGUGUAAAGUGUACAGUGUACAGAUCUAUAUUAUGUAUAUUGUGUUUAUCAGUGGUUAUUUGUGAAAUAUUUAUACAUGUUUACAAAUGUAGUUUUUUAGAGAAAAUAUCAGUGAAUGUUUAUUAAAAGAAAUGUCCUCAAAGUU